AUGUCUUCUCUUAGCUACAACGAUCUAUACCGUCUGUUCAAGAAAUUAGACCAAAAUGGAGAUGACCUUGUGAGCCCCAACGAGCUCCAAUGGCUUCUUGACACCAUGAAAAUCUCUUCAAGUGUCGACGAGCUACAAUCCUUAACUGGGAAAAUGGGUCUUAGUUUUCCCGAGUUUUUGGACUUCUAUACAAUCACAAUAGAAGGAAAGGACACCGAGAAAGAUCCAGAGAGUGAUCUUUUCAAGGCUUUUGAGGUGUUUGAUAAGAACCGUGAUGGACUCAUCUGUGAUGAAGAGCUCCAGGAGGCGUUAUCAAGCUUGGGAUUAUGGGACGACAAGGGCGAUAUGGAUGUGAAAAGUAUGAUCAAAGCAUAUGAUGCCAACUCUGAUGGUUUUCUUGAUUUCCAAGAGUUUAAGAAGAUGAUGGCUUAG